CCCCGACGGAGGAGGAAAACGGGAAGGGAAACCGCCACAUGCCUCAUCGCCUUCUCCUCCUGCCUUGCGGCGGACUCCUCCUCCCACCUCUCCGCCGCUGCUCGCCGGCUCCCUUUUCUCCUCCUUGGAGCGUCGCCUCGGCCUCACUCCCUAGAACCUUCUUCUUCUCCUGCAUACGAGCCUUCUCCGGCAGCUCCGGCAUGGCGGCGGGUUCACCGGAGCAGCGGCAGCGGAGCGUGGAGGUGAGGGAGACCGUAGAGCUGACGGAGAAGGAGGAGCGGAUCUUCCGGCGGCUUCUUGAUGUCGUCAGCCACUUCGGCCUCGGCACGCAGCUCCGCGUCGCCGGUGGCUGGGUCCGGGACAAGCUAUUAGGGAAAGACUCCGCUGACAUUGACAUUGCCCUUGAUAAUAUGAUGGGCCAGAAUUUCUGCGAGAAAGUAAAUGAGUACUCAGAGUUGAUAGGGGAGGAGCAGAAAGGAAUCGGUGUUAUCCAGUGCAAUCCUGAUCAAUCCAAGCACUUGGAAACUGCUAGGAUGCUUAUUUUCAACAUCUGGAUUGAUUUUGUCAACUUGAGGUCUGAAAAAUAUGCUGAAAACAGUCGUAUUCCUACCAUGGAGAUUGGUACUGCCAAAGAAGAUGCAUACCGUAGGGACCUAACAAUUAAUAGUUUAUUCUUCAAUAUCAACAAUAACUCUGUGGAAGAUUUUACUGGAAGAGGUAUUGACGAUCUCAAAAAGGGCCUUAUUGUUACUCCUUUACCUGCCAAAGCUACCUUCCUGGAUGACCCACUUAGAGUUCUUCGAGCAAUCCGAUUUGCUUCUAGAUUCAACUUUACAUUAGCUGAAAAUUUGAAGGAAGCCGCUUCUGAUGAAAAGGUGAAGUCAGAACUUGGUAGCAAGAUUAGCAGAGAACGUAUUGGUCAUGAGAUUGAUCUCAUGAUGUCAGACAAACGCCCUGUUAAAGCAAUGUGUCACAUCUGUGAUUUGGGGCUAUUUUAUGUUGUAUUUGCUUUCCCCGAGAAAUCCAACCCUCCAGUUUUUGACAAAUGUGAUUGCUGUUGCAUUUCACAUAUUGAAGCAGCUUGGAAUCUUGCAUAUUCUAUUGGCUGCUCUGUAUUCAGCGGUGGUUCUGACCCCAAGUUGCAGGAUGAACAACGAAGGCUUUGCCUGUAUAGUGCACUAUUUAUUCCCCUCCGAAAUAUGUUCUACUUGGACAAAAAAUCUAAGAAGGUUCCUGUUACUAGAUAUAUUAUUCGGGACUCACUAAAAUUGAAAGUUAGUGAUGCUGAAAUGGUUGUCAACAUACAUGCUGCCAGUGAAAAAUUUGCUGAAUUAGUUCUUUUUGAGUCAAAUGUUGAUAUGGGAACUCUCAAAGAGAAGCUGGAAGAUGAAUAUCUUGAGAUACCAACAGACUUAGUGAAACGUGUUUUUGCAGGACUUAUACUUCGUGAAAUAAAGGACUUUUGGCGGGUGGCGCUGCUUAUAUCCAUUCUCUCCUAUCCUGAAGCUGAAAAUGCUGGUAGCAUCCUCAGCCAGCAGGAGCUACAUCGAAGGAAAGAGAAAUACAUCAGUGUUGAGCGUUCCAUAACUGACCUCGAUCUUGAUGGGGUAUGGAAGUUGAAGCCGUUACUCGAUGGUAAAGCCAUUAUGGGAGUUAUGCAGGUCAAGUCAGGAGGUCCACUGAUUGGAAAAUGGCAACAACGGCUGGUGAAGUGGCAGCUUGUGCAUCCGAAUGGAACAAUGGAUGAGUGCAUCGAGUGGAUGAAGCAGUCGCAAUCGAAACGUCAAAAAGUAGAAUCCAGCACCUGAUAGUCAAUGGCAUUUUGAGCAUAGGCAGUUUUCAGAUAGGUCACCAACUGCCCGUUGCAUCAGGCUGUGUCAGUUAAGCCGCUGCUUGGGUGAACAGAUGCACUGAAACGCCUACUGCCACCUUUAUCAAAUGUAAAAACGUAUUCGUAGGAUCAUAGCUUGAUCUUGGUCGAUUUCACGUCACUAAUUCACGUGAUGAGUUGUUGCUUGUUAUUGAAAAGACCAUGUAUGGUUAAUAUGUCCUUUUUUU